GCAGGGCUGCCACUGGCUCCACGCUCCACUGGUGGGAGCAGUGGAAGGAAGAGGUACCGGUUUCUCGUUUGAGCCAAGGUUGUCCUCUUGGAGUGUAACAGGACUGCUCGGCUGAGGGCGCUUGGCUGGGGACAUGGUUGCCAGGUUCCCUUGACCCCUCGUCUGCCCUCCGACUGUUACAAUGAGAUACGCACCCGAAUUCAAGAAAUCGCCCUCGCACCUCCUGAAGAAAUUUGCAGUGUGCGACAUUCCUCUUUACGACAUCUGUGACUACAACGUCACCAGGGACCGCUGCAAGGAGCUAGGCUGCUGCUUUUACAAAGGCGUGUGCUACGAGAAGGCGGUGCCCAUCUACGUGCAGGUCUUCUCUGCCUUGAUCGUGGUCAUCGCUGGGGCCUUCGUCAUCACUAUCAUCUACAGGGUUGUUCAAGAGAACAGGAGAGAAAAGGAAGUGCCCACAGACGUCCCUCCAUCUCCCAAGCCCAGCAUGAAAGAAGAGGCGGCGCCGUCAGGCGAGGAGGAAGCCUCCAAGCCCACGAGCUCAGAGCCGCGGACCGAGAGCGAGAGCGUCAGGGAGGAGGGCACCUCCUUGACCAUAAUGGAAGAGACCGACGACUGAGGGCGCGACGGAGCCGAAGUGCAGGUCGGCAGAGGCGCCCACCGGGAGGGCCCGGCCGGCGAGCUGCCGCGAAGUGUGCGAUGGCAAGAGCACCAUGACAAACAGUAAAGGUAUUUUCAGUGCUUCCGCUUGCGUGUUGUCGUGGUCACAGCGGCCUUUCUCUCUCCAGACAGACCUGGCCCGUGGGUGCCAGGACGCUGACUGGGAGCUGUCGGCAGCCGGCCGUGCUGCCCGCGACCGCUGCUGGAGCCCGGCCAAGCCACCGUGCCACUUCUCGGAAUGCAGGCUGCACCCGCACGGGGUGGGCUUGUCGCCCCAACUCGUGGGGGGUCCGGACCUGCCCAGCAGCGAGCCGUGCAAGGAAAGGCACGGCGUCCGCCUCUGGGAGGCCCAGGCCACCUGCUGCAGCUUCCUCCCGGCCCUCUUCCAGGGCGGAAUGCGCAAAGGUUCCCGAGGGACGGGCAAGCGCUAACCGGUGGGGGUGGGGGAUGCGGCCCAGGGAGCCCCGUGGUCUUGGAGAAUCUCUGCCUUUUACCUUGAAAACUUGUGUUCUCCAGAGUAGCUGCAGCUCAUGUGUGCGUAUGUUGUUAGGCCUAGUGUGUAUAUCUGUGGGCGUGCAUGAACACAUGUGAGUGCACGUGUGCAAGUAUAUAUGGGUGUGUGUGCAUGUACACACACGUGCACAGGUGCACACAUGUACGUAUGUGCACAGGUGCACACGUGUGUAAGCACGUGCGUGUCCACACAUGCAGGCAUGGGCCUAUGUGCGAGUGUGCACAGGGGUAUGAAUGCACACAUGGGUGUGUGUACUUGUAUGAGCGUGCACACACGUCUGCAUGUGUGCACGAGUGCAGCUCACACACGCACAUGAGUGUCGACGCACAUGUGUGCACACACAUGUCCAUGCACGCACGUGUGUGUUUGUGUGCACAUAUAUGGGUGUGCACACGGGUGCCCACGGGACUGCACGCAGGUGUGUGCAUAUAACCACAGCGUGCACAUGCACGGGUGCACGCAUGUGCACACGUGUGGACGUGCAUGGGUAUACGCAGUACAUCCGCAUGUGUGCACAGAUGUGGGUGUGCACACGUGUGUAUAUGUGUUAACAAUCCAGUUGAGCAGACACACAAAGGUGUGACUGCUCUGCACCGAUCAAGGCAGCAGGUGAAGCCCAGGAGGCCAGUGGGUGGGGCUGG